AUUAUUCAUUGAUAAUCCGUGACAACAGUGGAAAGACCGGAAAAGUACCAAAGCCAGCACAGGCAACUGUGGGACCAUCCUAACAUCACCUUCACAGCUUCUUCUACCGAUUGAAAAACUCUACCAGCAGCAACAACCUCUGAUUUCUUCUUCCACUUUCUUUAGGUUAUGGUUCUCUGAGAAGAUUGAGCUUCAACAAGAAGAAGAAGAAGAAAGAAAGAAAGAAAGAAAGAAAGAAAGAAAGAAAGAAAGAAGAAGAUGGGAAUUGCAGUGGGAGGGGUUGAUUUGCUGAGUGAAAAAGCGGCGAUGAUGAGAGAGUGUCUGCAGAAGAGUGAAACCAUCACAGACAACGUCGUCACCAUUCUCGGUUCAUUCGACCACCGUCUCUCCGCCCUCGAAACCGCCAUGCGUCCAACUCAGAUUAGAACUCACUCUAUUAGGAAGGCUCAUGAGAAUAUUGAUAGGACUUCGAAGGUUGCGGAGGUUAUAUUGGCUCACUUCGAUCAAUAUCGUCAGGCAGAGGCAAAAAUACUUAAAGGGCCACAUGAAGACUUGGAAAACUAUCUUGAAGCAAUAGAUAAGUUGAGAAGCAACAUUCAGUUUUUUGGUAGUAAGAAGGGUUUCAAGAGUAGUGAUGGCAUUGUCGUGCAUGCUAAUAAUUUGCUAGCUAAGGCUAUUUCAAAGCUAGAAGAUGAGUUUAGGCAGUUAUUAUUAUCUUACAGCAAACCUGUGGAACCUGAGCGCCUCUUUGACUGCCUUCCAAACUCAAUGCGACCUUCAUCACCUGGCCAUGAGGGUGAUCCUAGUGGCAAGAAUCACCAUUCUGAGUCUCACAACAAUAAUGCUGAGGCUGUUGUAUACACACCUCCUGCUCUUAUACCACCAAGAUUUUUGCCACUGCUACAUGAUUUAGCUCAGCAAAUGGUUGAAGCUGGUCACCAACAACAGUUACUCAAAAUAUACAGGGAUGCCCGUUCUAAUGUAUUGGAAGAGAGCCUCCAAAAACUUGGAGUGGAGAAACUCAACAAAGAUGAUGUUCAAAAGCUGCAGUGGGAGAUUUUGGAAGCCAAAAUUGGAAACUGGAUUCAUUUCAUGCGUAUAGCAGUGAAAUUGUUGUUUGCUGGUGAGAGGAAAGUUUGUGAUCAGAUAUUUGAAGGCUUUGAUUCACUCAGUGAACAGUGCUUUGCGGAGGUGACUACAAACAGUGUCUCUAUGCUACUCAGUUUUGGAGAAGCAAUUGCCAAAAGCAAGAGAUCCCCGGAAAAAUUAUUUGUACUUUUGGACAUGUAUGAAAUAAUGCAAGAACUUCAUUCAGAGAUUGAAACUCUUUUUAAAGGCAAAGCUUGCUCUGCAAUAAGAGAAGCUGCAACUAGUUUGACAAAACGUCUUGCACAAACAGCUCAGGAGACCUUUGGAGAUUUUGAAGAGGCAGUUGAGAAAGAUGCUACAAAGACUGCAGUAACAGAUGGAACUGUCCAUCCUCUAACAAGCUAUGUAAUUAACUAUGUGAAGUUUUUAUUUGACUACCAAUCCACCUUGAAGCAACUUUUUCAGGAAUUUGAAGGUGGUGAUGAUUCUUCACAGCUAGCAUCUGUAACUGUGCGAAUAAUGCAAGCUUUGCAAACCAAUUUAGAUGGGAAAUCAAAGCAGUAUAAAGACCUUGCGUUGACACAUCUUUUUCUCAUGAACAAUAUUCAUUAUAUUGUCAGAUCGGUUCGGAGGUCUGAAGCCAAGGAUUUGCUGGGGGAUGAUUGGGUACAACGACAUAGGAGGAUUGUGCAGCAGCAUGCAAAUCAAUACAAAAGAAAUGCUUGGGCAAAGAUUCUUCAGUGCCUAUCUAUUCAGGGCCUUACCUCAUCAGGUGGUGGGAGUGGUACUGCUGGUGGUGACGGUGGAACUGGAAGCAGUAGUGGUGCUUCAAGAGCAAUUGUGAAAGACAGGUUUAAGGCAUUCAAUAUUAUGUUUGAGGAACUCCAUCAGAAACAAUCGCAAUGGACAGUUCCAGACUCCGAGUUGCGAGAAUCUCUUAGGCUAGCAGUUGCUGAAGUCUUGUUGCCUGCCUAUAGAUCAUUUGUCAAACGAUUUGGGCCUCUAGUGGAGAGUGGAAAGAAUCCUCAGAAGUACAUCAAAUACUCAGCAGAAGAUCUAGACCGAAUGUUGGGUGAAUUUUUUGAAGGAAAAAACAUGAGUGAAACCAAGCGGUAAAAUAAUUGCUAAUGAGGUUGUAUUUGGUGGCUGAAAAGGAGUUAUCAUUUUUGUCUUUUGGGUAUUGCCACGAGUGUGAUAAGAUGGUGAAUUGCUCUGCUUCCGUACAUUUUGUGUAUAGUUCACUUGAUUUGUUGGGUGAGAUGUUAGUCUUCAAAGCAAAUGCAUGUAUGCUAGUAGAAUCUCCGUUUAUUGGAACAUUGAUUUUUUUGAACCACGUGUACAAGUGUUUGUCAUUAUAUAUGUAACACGGGAUUUGGUGUGUAAUACUCUACCAUCAAAUUUCAAAAAUUAUUUUUUAAUUCUUUUGUUAUUUGUAUUUUUAAA